AUGGCAGUGAGUACCGAUGAAAUCUGGCCUCGAGUCAUGCCUAAUGGGGCUCAUCUGAACAGACAAACGCCCCAAACUGAAGGACCCUAUGGCCUGUGUAAAAGAGUGGAAAUAUUACAUCUUCGGUCCAUUUCCAGUCGGCAGGAGUGCGUAGAUUCGUUUCGGAGCGGCCUAAAAAAUGGAUGUGUGGUGAACUGAUUCGACAUUCCGGGGUAUGGUACCAAGGAAAUAGGGGAAACGAAGAGGACGAAAGGACUGCGCUUUUAAUGAACCCCUUCUGAAAUCACGGAACGGCAAGAGAGUGCAAUAAGCCUAAUUGAUUUUCAGACUGACCCAAUGCUCGCAUUGCUCCAGAAUCAAACGCUACCCUCAUCUCUGGGAUGAAUAUUGCAUGUGGUG